UUUUUAUAUGUUCGUGUGCUUGGUUGGUUGGUUGAUGGUGGGUGUUUGUGUGAUGGUCCGCAACAUUCUCUCUCUCAAAAAAAAUUUUUUUUCUCAAGAAUAUAUGACAUCUCUGGAUUUGAAUGAUGCGUUUUUUUUUGCAAAUUUUCCUCCCCAAUAUAUUCAAAUAUAAAAAAAAUAUUUUUUUUCUCUCCCCAAUAAAAAAUAUAUAUCCCCAGAAUUUUUGUUUUGUUUUACUUAUUAUUUUUUUGGGCCGUGAAAAUUUUUUU